UGUGCGUGUAUUCACAACCCGAAAUAGACAAAAAUCCGAUCCGUCAUCAGCGCACCAUCGCGCGCUCCCCGCUACUGCUGCCCAGCUCCCGCGCGUCCUAUCCAACGCCCACGUCCCAACUGCCUACCGCGCACCCCCGUGCGCCUGCUGCUCCGCGCGUGCCAUCAGUCUCUGUGGCCUGCUCGUCUACUGCGCAUCCCCCGCGCCUCGCAACGCCCGUACCGCCAGCCAGCAGCGCUCCGCGCAUGCUGGCCAGUCCUAGCGCACCCAACAGCGCGCCAGCAGUGCCCAACAGGCCUCGGCCAGUGCCCGACAGCACGCCCGAGUGCCCAGUCACCCCAGCACGCGCGAGCAGCGGCACCCGCGUACCCAGUCGCCUGCCCGUGGCGCACAGCAGCAUUAGGCAGUGCCAGUGCAGGAGCAGCGCACACGGCAGUGGCCAGCGCGAGGAGGACGACGACUGGCGAUCACACACAUCGUACGCGUCGCAUGCGACACACGACGAGCGGAGACCACAUCGCGAGGGCCGACGACGGGAUGAACGACGGGACGAGGGACAUGCCCAAUACCACGAUCGCGACGAUCCACGGGACGAGCGGGCAAGUAAGAGACUGAAAAUUGUUAAGCCCACGUUCACGGGAACAGACUCGGAUGCAUGGUUGAGUCGAGCUGUGCAAUUCUUUGAGAUCAAUGAUGUGCCAAGGUACGAACGAGUACAAAUUGCUGCUUAUCACCUUGAUGGAGAAGCAAACGUUUGGUGGCAAUGGGUGGUGCACAAAAACCAGGGUGAGCACAUGCGUUGGAGAGAUUUUGAAAAAAAGCUCAUCACGAGGUUUGGCUCGAGUGACUACCACGAUUACAACGAGGCUCUGUCAAGAAUCAAACAAGUGGGUAAUCUAAGGGAUUAUCAAAAGGAGUUCGAACGCAUUGCUAGUAGAGUGCGGGACUGGCCCGAGGCUGCGCUAGUGGGAACGUUUGUUGGGGGACUAAAGGCUGAGUUGGCAGCCGAGGUUAGGUUGGAUAGGCCAGGAUCGAUGCGAGCAGCCAUUGAGUCGGCUAGGUUGCACGAAGAUCAUCUCGUGGCGGUACGCAAGGCCAGGCCGAACGAAGUGCGCACGGAGACCAAGCGCACGGCUGAGGAGCAAGCGGCGCGAGCCGAAAGCAAGCCUUUGGGAGAAACCGUUAGGACGACGAGUGACAUACGGCGACUUACCGACGAAGAGAUGCAACGACGACGAGAAAAAUGCCUUUGCUAUUCGUGCAACGAAAAGUUUACGCCAGGCCACAGGUGCAAAGGUAAGGAGGUCUUUUUGUUGGAAUUUGAGGAAGAGGGAGAACCACACGAGGAGACGCAAUUACAUAUGGUUAAGUGCAAGAAACGAGGUCCAAAGAUGAUCAGGUUCACUGCGGAAAUUAAAGACAUGUUGUUGGAAGUGUUGGUGGAUAGUGGAUCGAGCUUUAAUUUCAUAGACGAGAUGAUAGCCAAGAGGUUGAAGUUAAAACCCACUAAGGUUAAGACAUUUGGGGUCAAGGUAGCCAAUGGACAUGAACUUCAAGGAAAUCAGUUAUUCAAGAAGGUUCCAAUAAUGGCUCAAGACCAAUUGUUGGAAAUCGAUCUCUAUGCUUUACCACUGAGGGCAACGGAUGUAGUAUUGGGCGUAAAAUGGUUGAAGACACUUGGGCCCAUUACAACUGACUACAAGCGAGGAAAGAUGGAAUUUGGUCGACCGGGAAAGCGGAUUAAGUUAAGGACCGAGGAUCGAGGAGACUUGCCUAUCGAAGAGGAGA